AUGUCCCUGCCUGCUUCUUGUAAUGCUAACACCUUCCUGCCUGCUUCCUGUAAUGCCAACACUGUCCUGCCUGCUUCCUGUAAUGCCAACACUGUCCUGCCUGCUUCCUGUAAUGCCACCACUGUCCUGCCUGAUUCCUGUAAUGCCAAAAUCUUCCUGCCUGCUUCCUGUAAAGCCAACAAUGUCCUGCCUGCUUCCUGUAAUGCCAAAACCUUUCUGUCUGCUUCCUGUAAAGCCAAUACUGUCCUGUCUGCUUCCUGUAAUGCCAACACUGUCUUGCCUGCUUCCUGUAAUGCCAAAACCUUCCUGCCUGCUUCCUGUAAAGCCAACACUGUCCUGCCUGCUUCCUGUAAUGCAAACACUGUCCUGCUUGCUUCCUGUAAUGCCAACACUGUCCUGCUUGCUUCCUGUAAUGCCAAAACUUUCCUGCCUGCUUCCUGUAAUGCCAAAACUUUCUUGCCUGCUUCCUGUAAUGCCAACAUCAACACUGUCCUGCCUGCUUCCUGUAAUACCAACACUGUCCUGCGUUUUUUUUGUAAUGCCAACACCAUCAUUCCUGCUUCUUGUAAUACUAACACUGCUGCACCUGGCUAUAAUUCAAGUAAACACCUUGCACAACUCAUGGACAGGUUUUAA